GUAAUGAUUGGUAAUAACCACAUUUCCUUUGUUAAGUAAUCGACUUAUCAGAGCUCCCCACCUUUUCCCCGUGGUAUAAAUAAAAUGAAGGAAACAGAUUUGGGUGAAUUUUAUGCCGAGGGUAGAUUUCAUACAGACGAAGACUUGGUGCUGUUGGAUGGGUCUCAUUACUCCAAUAUAUUCUUUAAAUUCCGACAUCAGCAAAUACACAGCCAUCACGCAAUAUUAGCAACCGCUGCAUUUAGAAAAGAAAAAUUAGAAAAAUCGUGACGUUGUUGAACCGUCAUCGUAUAUAUAUAUCCGUUCUGAGCGAAUUCGUGAAAUCAAUGAAGCCUUGUCCCGCGGUAACUGUGAACCGUAUACCUGGAUGUCAGCACACUUAUGGUAAAGGUGGUAUAAAUGACCGGCGGUGAAUACCUAGGGGGCACAACGGCAGUGAGGAGAUAACGGGAUUAACUUGAGGACACUGAGCUUGGAGUGUGUUAGUUUAUCGGACCACAAACAUUGGACGUUAUUUGUUUUAUAUUGGUCACCGUACAUAGAGACGCCUCGUUACCUUCAAGAUGUUGCACGGGCGAUGCAACAGUUACACAGUAAUGUUCCUCGGAACUAUUCUGCUUCUAAUUACAUCUGGGGUGUCUAGCGUUUUGCCAGAAACACAGCAAGCAUACAGGGACGCUGUCAUCAAGGCACAGUGCAAGGCAAACUGCUUGCAGCAGUAUGGAGGGAGAAUUGCAGAUAACGAAGAUAAUUUUUACGACAUGUAUAGGCAGUAUAAAUGCUUAGUAGCCAAAGAGAAUGAAUGUAAACAGUGUCUGAACCCUUGCAGUUAUGAGUUCUUUGGACCAGAGCGUUGUAGACAAGAAUGUAACAAUGCAGUGUGCAAGUCGAGCUGUGACUUCAUUUAUUCUUUGAAGGAGAUGGAAGUGAGGACAAAAGCCAGUCAGACUGCUAACACCAGCUCCAGUUUGCACACCCCAGCAUGGGUGUGCAGAGAGACAUAUGUGUCAUCUGGCCAACUUGAGUCCAAGAUCCGGUUGCGUCUGCAAGUUCUUCAGAAAAAUGGACAGAGUGCAGCAGAAGCAUUGGUUUUUGUAAUAGAGAUGAAAACCAGAGGUCAUGGAUGGGUGACCAUGACUGGGCAGUCUGCAAGUGCAUUCUUUCCAAUUGUUCGACUGUAUCCAGAUACAGAUUACAAGUUUAGGAUUUCUGCUGUUUCAUCUGAAGGUCUCAUUGGAGAAAGCAAGGAGACAGAGUGGGUGCACACAUUGCCUAACAUUUCCCCUUUAAAACCAGCCAAGAGAAUUUUUGUUUCUAGUCAGUAUUUAGAGGAUGGGAAAAUGUCAGCAGUGGUGGAGUGGGAGCCAUCUGAAGAACGGACAUGUUUUUACCAGCUCCACUGGCUUCCAGACUCUUCAAUUCUCCCACCUUCCAGCACAAGAAAAGAGUUUCAGUGGCGAGAAUUUAAAUACAAGAUCAAGGGAUUGUCAUUUGACACACGGUACAUCUUAAAACUUUUUACCAAAGAUGAAAAGACUACCUCAGAAAGCAAAGAGAUUGAUGGAGAAUUCUCCACGUGGGACUGUCUUACAGCAAAUGGGCACAACUAUCAACUUUGUGGACCAGAUGAGCCAGAGUCUCUGAGAUAUACUCUGUCCACACCAAUUGACAACUUGACGAGUGAUGUGAAUGUCAGCAUCACAUGGGAGCCCCCAAGAUACUGGAGUCUUAGUAAUAAUGUGGACAUGUACAAAAUAAGUUGGAGAAGAGAGACACCCUUUCCCACUGUGUGGAACACCAAACCUGAGAAAGGGAUGCUUAUGGUGCCCUGGAACGUGACCUCUGCAGUGAUCGAGGGUUUGACUCUUGGAAAUGUGUAUGAAGUUUCUGUUGAAAGCUUGUCUAGGGGUGGCUCUGGAAAACGUAAAACAAUCCAAGUUAGCACAGCCAUUUCAAAUUCCUUAAAAAUCAAUCAAGUUGUACCAACAACUGUACAGGACACCAAGCCCCCAGAAGAGAGUGUGCAGGUGAUGGAAACUGUGAGUGCUCAGCAAAGUGAGGUGACAGUUGGCAACACAAGCGAAAACAAUGAGGCACAGAACUCCGUAUUAAUCAUUGUCACGGUGACAGGGAUUGGGUGCCUGGUGCUCCUGACAGGGGUGAUCUUCUGCAUAAGGAGAUAUUUUCUGUUGCCUGGCACAUGCAAAAAGAGCAAUGCUGAUAGUGUGAACAACAUAUACACUCGGUAUUCUGAUAUUGAGGAAGGCAGAUCUCCAGAGCAGACAGAUCUAGUUGGAGGAGUUGGGGCAGUAGAUGAUUAUGAAAUCAAUCUGAGCUCUCUUGCCCUAUUGGAUGUGCUUGGGCAAGGAGCAUUUGGCAAAGUGGUCCGAGGGCAGUUGAAGGAAGCUUGCGCCAGGGCAAGCAAAAAUUCACUGGUGGCUGUGAAAAUGCUUAAAGCCUAUGCUAUGGAGGAGGAGAGUGUGAGUUUGCUUGAAGAGAUUGACAUGAUGAAGCAUCUUGGCAGCCAUCAGAAUAUUGUCAGUAUGGUGGCAUGCUGUACCAAAGGACCCAAAUUGUGUCUCGUAAUGGACUUCUGUCCCCAUGGAGACCUGAGGAAUUACCUCAGGAAAAUCCGUGAAAAGCAUGCUCCUGCCCUCAACCUGAUCCCAAACAGUAAGGACUAUGGCUUUUAUCCAGUCAGCUCCAGGAGAAGCAACACUCCUGACAGUGGGGUUGCUAUACCUCAUAACAGAGGCCAUCUAAUCACAGAUACAAACAAUGACUAUGGCAUAGUCUCCAGCACAAGUGUAGAUUCUGCCCGAGGAAGUGUCCUCUCUGAGACAACAUCUACCUCUCAUCUUGCAGGUGGAGCCAUCUGGGGACAGGGGGAUCCCGUCUGUCAGUCAGAGGUCAAAGAUGUGGGAUUAUAUGAUGCCUUACCAUCUGUGACGCAGCUCAUGUCGUAUGCCAGGCAGAUUGCUAUGGGAAUGGAAUACUUGGCACAGAAACGGUAUGUACACCGUGACUUGGCGGCUCGUAAUGUGCUUGUGUGUGACAAUGGAGUGGUGAAAGUUUCUGACUUUGGUCUCACCAGAGAUAUCUAUGAAAGCAGCAUGUACAGGAAGACUACAGCAGGGAAAGUGCCCUUUAAAUGGAUGUCUAUUGAAGCCAUAUUUGACCAGGUUUACACCACCAAAAGUGAUGUCUGGUCAUUUGGUAUUGUUUUAUGGGAGAUAGUGACAUUUGGAGGCACCCCUUAUCCUGGUAUUCCAAACAAGGACUUGUUCAAUCUGCUCAAAGAAGGCUUCAGGAUGGAAAAACCAGACAACUGUAGCCAGCAAGUCUAUGAGGUGAUGUUAACCUGUUGGCACCCUGAUCCACAAGACAGGCCUGACUUCACUGAGCUCAGAGCCAACUUUGAGGCAAUUCUAGAAGAUUCUCAUCCUUACAUGGAUUUCAACCUCCAAGGCAACACAGACUACUAUGUUCAGGAUUCUGGGAGUGAUAGUGCACAAAACAAUGCACUGCCUGUAAGGAGUAACACAGUGGAGUCAAGCUCUAGUGCAGACAGCACAGUUUUCCUUUUGGCAGACACAGCCAGCAAUGCGCAGCAGCAGCACAACAACUGCAAUCAGAAUCUUCUCACAGCUGAAGUCCAUAACCCUGAGUCUCAACUUACACCUUUGUUAACAUCCUCUCCAGGCAGAAAGGAAAGUCCUGUGCAGCAGACACUCAACACACAAGGCAGUGGCAGCCGAACGUCCCUUGAUAAAUUGAUGGAUUCGGGCAUCCAUGCGGAUGACAGUGCAAUCAUGUUAGACCAAAGUUUAUCUUCAGAGACUCCUCAUGCAAAUGGUGCUAAAAACUUCUCCACUUCAACUAAUAACAUGGACUUUGUUUGUGAUAUAGAGGACAAUCCUGACCAAAAAGAGAUGGCGAGCAAACCUGCGCGGAGAGUUGCUGUUCUUGAAAAAGCCAAUGGACUGCUCUCUAGCUUGAAGGCUUCUUUUGGUUCACUGCCUCGUUUUCCAUUCAAUCUAGCCAAGAAGACUAGCCACACAACAACUAUAGGCAAAAAUGCCCAAACCGAGUUGGAAUCCAUUAGUUUUAAUGACAAGCCACCCCUUCAAACCUGUGUCAGUGUUGAUUUAGUCAACACAGAUGAUGAUGAUGGCCAGUUUUUAAAGAAAAAAAUGUGGAGAAGUGACCUCUUAUUGCACCAGCCUAAAACCUCUGUGGUUGCGGAAUGCUCCUUAUGAAAUAUUGAGCUAGGGUUUUCAUUUAAACUGUUUGGAGAUAUUGGACAAAUCUGAUUGUGUAUAUUAAGACAUUUAUUUUUUUAUUCAAUAACAUGGGUACAUAACUAAGAUAAGGACAGGAAAGAUAUUUUAAACAGUUUUCAAAUCUGAAAAUGCCACCAAUUUCUUUGCAUAAAAUCUUUUUAGUAAAACCCAACAGUAACAAUUGUGAAUUAUAUUAUUCACAGCAGACACUAGUGUAAAGUGUCUGAUAGUAAAG